AUGGAAUACAGCAUACUGGGCCGCACCGGCCUGCGGGUGUCGCGGGCCGGAUUCGGAGGCGGAGGCAUCGGACAGGUCUGGGGCGCGACCACUGAAUCGGAGGCCAUCAGGUCAGUUCACCGCGCUCUGGAUCUCGGUAUCACGUUCUUUGACGUCGCCCCCUCCUACGGCGAUGGCAAGGCCGAGGAAGCGCUCGGCAAGGCGCUGGUCGGCCGGCGCGAGCAGGUGGUCGUCGCCACCAAAGUCAGGCUGAGGGCCGACGAUAUGCAUGACGUGGCGGGAGCCGUAUCUCGCUCCGUGGAACGUAGCCUGAACCUCUUGCGGCGAGACCAAGUGGACGUACUGCACGUACACAACCGGUUCACCGAACGGCGAGGCGAGGCCUUGGACUCGAUCACCGGCGACGACGUGCUGGGGCCUGUGCUGGAUGCCUACAAGGAGAUGCAGCAGGCCAACAAGACGAGGUUCAUCGGCCUGUCCGCCAUGGACCACCACGUUCCCACGAUGCAUCGGCUGCUCAACAGCGGCGAAUACGACACGGUCCUGGCCUACUACAACCUGCUGAACACAACGGCCCAGGUACCCAAACCCUCGGGAGCCGAUGUCUUCGACAACGGGCAGAUUAUUCCGCUGGCAAAGACCAAGGGGAUGGGCAUCAUCGGCAUCCGCUCCCACGCCGCCGGGGCCCUGACUCCGGCGCUGGACCGUCCUCCCAACCCCGGCGAUGCGCUGAUGGAAGCCGACCUCCGAAAGGCGGCCAAGCUGGACUUCCUGCUGGACGGGCCAAUCGAAACCCUAUCGCAGGCGGCGAUGGUCUUCAGCCUGAUGAACCGCGACAUCCAUUCCACGGUCCCCGGGGUCAAGAACGAAGCGGAGGCAGAAGAAACCGCCGCUUGCGUCGAUCUGCCCCCGAUCCCGGAAGAGCACCUGCAGCGACUACAGGAGUUGUACGAGCAGGACUUCCGGUAG